AUGGAGCGGCUUGUUUCAAGCUGGUGUAAUGAUGGUGCUUUGCCCCAGUCUUAUAUUUGUCCACCAGAAACCAGACCCGGCAAGCUCACCAUUCCUAGAGGUGACACCAUUCCGGUUAUCAACCUCGGGGAAGCUUCGAUUAAUCGAAACAAUACGAUUAUAAAUGUUCUCGGAGCUACCCAAGAGUUCGGGUUUUUUCAGGUUGUAAACCAUGGAGUUUCUGAGAAACUAUUGAAUGACACCAUGAAAGUCUUGGUGGAGUUCUUUGAGAUGCCGAUGGAAGACAAGGAAAGCCUCUAUUCGGAGGAUCCGAAUAAAGUGUACAGGCUUUACACAAGCAACAUAAACUAUGGAACUGAAAAAUAUCACUUUUGGCGUGAUGUUUUGAAACACCCUUGCCAUCAGGCCUGCAUUGAACUUUGGCCUCAAAAGCCUACACGGUACAGGUAA